UGGCUCAAGGUGACCAGAUUCUUAUCAUAACCCCUUGGCCAGAAUGUUGAGAAUAUAUGUCGCUUUUUUCCUUGUCACAGGAUGUCUGUCCUUGGCCAUCAGGGAAUAUCAGGAAGAUGGAGUACAGGGAUUACGAAGAGAUGCUGUUUCAAACGGGUGUCAUAACGACGCAGACUGUACGUCGCAUGUGUGUUCCUCCAACCAGGGAGCCAGCUGCGAACACUUCCACUGCAUUUGUCAUCAGUCGUCUGCUCAUGGAGUGUCAGUGAACCACACGACACAUAGCCAUGGAGGACACGGACAUACGACAACCACAACCGAAUUACCUACAACUCCACUGCCCUCAACAACACAAGCUUCGACAACACUGCCGACAACAACAACCCAGCAAUCCACGACACCAUCCCCCUCUACAACGCAGUCAUCCACAACAUUACCGACAACUACAACGCAAACAUCUACCACACCACAACCCUCAACAACGCAGUCAUCUACAACGUUACCGACAACUACAACCCAGCAAUCAACAACACCGCAACCAUCAACAACACAGUCAUCAACAACAUUACCGACAACAACAACUUCUUUAUUACCAUCUACAACGCAGUCUUCAACACCAAAACCAGUUUUGUCAACAGAAAUCAAAUCAACAACUAUGAAAUUGACGACUAUUGAGCGAGCAACAAGUACCAAGCCAACUACCAAACCAACAACAAUGCCAACAACUACUAAACCAACAACGUUGCCAACAACUACGAAACCAUCAACAUUGCCAACUACGACCAAACCAAUAUUGCCAACAACUGCCAAGCCAACUACAAAACCAUCUACAUUGCCAACAACUACGAAACCAACAACAUCGCCAUCAACUACGAAACCAUCUACAUUGCCAACAACUACCAAACCAACAACAUUGCCAACAACUACCAAACCAACUACAUUGCCAACUACAACCGAAACAACAACAAUGCCAACAACUACCAAACCAACAACAAUUUCUUCACAAACAACUUCUUUCGUCACUGUAAAAACAACCAGUUCUUCAGAAUGUCCCUGCACCUACUAUAACACGUUCAUUACUCUGCCUGGGAUAGGCACGAUGCAUUGCGCCAACCCCGACAGGCGGCGCUGUAUCGACGGAAAAUGUCACUGCGUGGCGGAUCCCGACGCCCCUUGAUUUCUAUGCUGUUUUUUGUGAGAGGUUGAGCUGUAUUGUUCAAAACGAUUAAACCAUGAAGACAUCA